AAAGCUUCUUAACGACUGGUGGAGGGAAAGGAGGGGGGUCGUGUUUUUCCCCGAGACGGACACCCACUCUGGACAGCUCACCAACAGAGGAAAACAAAGCGGGGGAAGGGGGAAAGGGGUGGGGAGGUGGGGGCACCUUACUGACCAUAUUUACCCACAUAUGUGCUCUGUCACUCAAAGUCCGGUGGAAUGAGAUGGUCUUCGGAAAGCUGAGGGCGGAGGAGCAGGAGUCGGUGUGAAAGGGGUAAAACACGCACGUGUCCGAAAAGGACUCGAAAUCAAAUGUCCCGAGAGGGCGAGACGGAGAAAGACGACGAGGAGGGGCAAACCUGGAGGGACAGUCGGACGAAGAGCACCGCGAGGACAGCGAUGACGGACCGGGGACUGGGACAGCGGUGGCCCGUGAUUUUCCUGCUCGCGCUCGCCCUGCAGUCACAGGUGGUGUGUGCAGUAGGCAUGUUCGAGCUGCAGAUCCGGCAGGUCCAGAACUCCCAAGGGCUGCUGCAGAAUGGGGAGUGUUGCGACCUCCCAUCCACCGGAGGGCAGCGCUGCUCCUUCAGCGACCAAUGCGACACCUUCUUCCACGCCUGCCUCAAGGAGUACCAGGCACGGGUAGCGCCCACCGGUGUCUGCACCUUUGGUUCUGGCAGUACCAAUGUUCUGGGUGGGAACUCCUUCUCCCUGCGUCAUCGUGGCCACGGAGUGGGAGGAGCCGGAGCAGGGGGUGGAGAAGAAGAAGGAGGCGGCGGAGACAGUAGCAGUGGACGCAUUGUCAUUCCCUUUAAGUUCGCUUGGCCGAAAUCCUUCUCCCUGGUGCUUAAGGCUCUAGACUAUGACAACGACACCACAGAGACAGGGCAGGAGGAGCUGAUCGAGCAGGUGCUGCUCUCCUCCAUGUUGAACCCUGGGGAGCAGUGGCAGACGUUCAAGCACCACGGCCGUCACCUGAGCCUGGAGUACCGCCUGCGCUUCCGCUGCGAGGGGAACUACUACGGCCCCUUCUGCAACAGGUUCUGCCGCGCCCGCAACGACUUCUUCGGCCACUUCAACUGCGACGCCUCCGGGAGCAAGGUGUGCAUGGAGGGCUGGACUGGCCCAGAGUGUCGACAGGCGAUGUGCAGGCAGGGUUGUCACCGCACUCACGGCUCCUGCACCGUACCCGGAGAGUGCAAGUGUCAUUACGGCUGGCAGGGUCCCCUCUGUGACCAGUGUGUGACGUUCCCGGGGUGUGUCCAUGGCAGCUGUACCGAACCCUGGAAGUGUGUGUGUGACACCAACUGGGGCGGGCUACUCUGUGACAAAGACCUGAAUUACUGCGGCACCCACCAGCCCUGUAAGAACGGGGGCACGUGCGCCAACACGGAACCCGACGAGUACCAGUGCGUGUGCCAGGACGGCUUUCGCGGCCGGAACUGCGACAUAGUGGAGCACGCCUGCCUUUCGGCCCCCUGUCUUAAUGCAGGCACCUGCGUGGAGGACAGCACAGGCUUCAGCUGCAUCUGCGCAGACGGCUGGACCGGACACAACUGCGCAUCCGCAGUGCAGCGGUGUGCCUCCAGCCCGUGUGGUCGCGGGUCCACAUGUCUGGAGCAGCCAGAAGGGUUCCAGUGCGUGUGCGCCCCCGGGUGGUCAGGCAGAACCUGCCAACUGGAUAUCAAUGAAUGUGAGGCCGGGCUGUGUGUCAAUGCCCGAGGGUGCCGCAACCUGAUUGGUGGAUACCUCUGCGAAUGUCUGCCAGGUUGGACUGGGCCGAACUGUGACAUCGCUAACAGCAGCUGCCAGGGGCGGUGUCUCAAUGGCGGGCAUUGUGAGGAGAGUCUGUCAGGGUUCCAGUGUCACUGCUUGCAGGGAUUCUCUGGGAAGUACUGCCAGAAUGGGCCCAGUGCCUGCGACAGCACCCCCUGCCUGCAUGGAGGACAGUGCGUGGAGGAGGAAGGGGGGGCCAUGCUGUGCCACUGCUCGUUAGGUUACACAGGCCCACGUUGCGAGGUCAUGGUGGACUUGUGCAACCCCAACCCCUGCCACCAGGGGGUGCCCUGUCGAAGCACAGAAGGAGGGUACUUGUGCGCCUGCCCUGAGGGGUACCAUGGCAAUGAAUGCAUGAGCCUUAAGGACCCCUGCCACGGACAGCAGUGUCCAGGUGCCAUGUCAGACCCAGCUGGGGGUGGAGUCAGCGUGUACAUGGUGCUGGUGGGCGUGCUGGUGCUGCUGGCGACGGGCGUCUGCGUCGGCUGCGUGGUGCUGCUGUCCCGGCUCUGCAGGCAGAGACGCAAGCAGCAGCUGCAAAGGGCGGGGCCUGACGAGGGCAUCAACAACCAGCGCGAGUUCGUCACCCUCAUCCGCAACCUGGACCGUUCCGCGCCCCUCCCACCACCCCGACCCACCUCGCCCGCCCCCUGCUGCUGCGAGGAGAUCGAACUGACCCUGCCCCCCGCCCCCGUCUGCUCCUCCAUCCCUGACCCUGCCCUCAAGCCCGCCCACACCCCCAAAACGGACAUCUCCAACCGUGAGAGGGAGAAGCUCAACCGUUUCCACUACCCCGACAACCAGGAGCUGGAGGUGUGAUACCGUAACUCCCUGAUCACUGACCUAUGACCUCUGGCCUGACCUGCGACCUGAGAGCAGGGUCAUCAUCGGAGGUGUGAGGUGUGACCCCCCACGGAGAUCAGUCCCAGGCCUCUGAGCUGAAAAGGUUGUGUUCUGCCAGGCACCCGGCCACAUCUCCCCCCAACUCCCAUCUCCGCUCCUCCCAACAUGCUGUCAUUACCGGCUGCUAAGAAGUUCUGAACUUUGACCCGUGCCCCCUCCUCUUGGGUAAAUGUGGUCUGACCCGAGGCUUUGGGUGAAUGCACGCUUACACUCUGCUGCCUGAGACUCAUCCAUUAUCGCCCUCAUUUCUGGAUUUUUUUUUGGCGGGUUGCUCUGAUUACCCUGCCUCAGAUUAACUGAACCUUCAACCCCCCAGUUGAUAGAGGGAGAUGGAGACAAGGAGGGAGAGGAGGAACGGAAGGGUGGAGUACCAACCUGUUUUUAAUUCCGCUGAGUCAUUUUCCUUAUCCGUUCAUCAGAAGAAAGAAGCAACUGUUUGCCCUUCGAGGCUGGUUGUACAUACUGUGCGUGUGUGUGUGUGUGUGUGUGUGUGUGUGUUCAUUCUGAAAACCUCAUGGUUGUGUGUAAUAGUCGCGCAGCAUCUGAAAGAAUGCUUUGAUGGUCGCCCUCAGCCUGCUUGCCUGGGAAAGCACAGGGCUGUUUUAAAGGGGGAGGCUGGACCCCACUUCUGACCCACAAGGCUCACCAGACUCUCAGUUGUAACCCAAUGGAACAGGGCAUGACCCACUGUAUCCUGGAGUCAUGUGACCUGGUGGAACAGGAUUUGCUACUGAACCAUGGAGUCAUGUGACCUGGUGGAACAGGAUUUACUACUGAACCCUGAGUCAUGUGAUCUGAUGGUAAAGGAUGGUGACUACUGAAACCUGGAGUCGUAUGACCUGGUAGAACAGGAAGUGACUGCUGAACCCUGGAUUCAUGUGACAUAUGGGAACAGGAAGUGACUGUUGAACUCUAGUGUCACGUGGCCCGGUGGAACAGGAACUGUUGGCUGAACUUUGUCUAGCUGAGGAUUCUAAAGGCUACUAAAGGUAUGUGCUCACAUGGAUGCGUGAGCAAAUGAAUGGGCAACAGAAAAGACUCAAUGGUGGGGUGAGAGUGUUUCAGAGCAAACACUGAAGAAUGAAAGACUACAGGCAGACCAGUGAAAGAGCAAGCUGAGGAAGCAAGUUGUCUCCUGUGUCAGAGAUUAAAGUUGUAUGGUUUUGAUAUAUGUUUGUAAAUAUCGCUAUUGUAUAUAUGCUGUAUAUAUUGGUAUUAUCUCUUAAUAUUUUAUACCGUUGAUUUCCCAGAAUGUCACCCAUUUUACUUUGUCUUCUUUUUACCCUCUCUCUCCUAUAAUUAAAUGGUGGGUAUGAGCAAGUCUGGACUGUACUGUAAUUAAAGUGCAUUGAUUGCCAAAACUGA